GAUUCCACCCAAGCAAGGAGGCUCGUGCUCUGUCCUGCAGGCACAUGGGCAAAGGAAUUGGACUCCAGGACUGAUCAUCCCAGGAGCUGCUGAGGAUGUUGUCCAGCCUGGACCAAACCUGCUCCCUCUGAAGCCAGUGGGAUUGUUAACUCACUACUGGUGCAGCUACAUAAAUCUAAGUGCCCGUGGUUAGUGCUCAGCUGCAGGACCAACAUCUAGUGAGAGAUUAGCUCAGAGAGAGGGGGAAAAACAAUUCCAAAGCAGUCAAGAUCUUAAUCCCAGCAGUGAAAAGAUGGAAGAAGUUUCCAAACAACCACAUAGCUGCAAAGUGUUAGUAGUUCUGCCGCAGACAUGGCUUUGACCUCCAGCUCUCACCCCAGGACACACCAUCUGCUGAAGGGUUUGAGGUGGUUCUCCCAGCCAGGAUGAAGCAGCCUGUCCCAGUGCUUGGAGCAGGGCAGGGCUCGCCCUCAGGGACGCAGACUUUGUGCAGGUCCUUUAACACCAAAACUCUGGAAUUAGGUAAAAAAUCUCACCUUGGGAUUUUUGGAUACGAGCCUAAACUCCAAACCCCACGUGGUUGCAUUGUGCCUAAUUACAGCCUGUCUAAAAUGUUAAUGGAUCCCAGCAAUGCAAUAUUCAUACUAGAGGAUUAUUAUAUUGCACAUACUUUGCAGUUAAUGUAGUUGGGCAAAAAGGCCCAAUAAUAGGAAACCAGCCUGCUGUUGGGUUGAGUUUUCUUGGCUUAUUGAUUGAGUUUUAAAGUUUAAUGCGAGGAGACAGUUCUAUAGUACAAAGUGUAUUUUAAGCAUCUAUUUAUUAAAGCUGAAUUGUGCUAGAACUCCUGUGCAAAAGUACACCUGACAGCUAAAUGAAUAGCAAAUUAUUUCCCGGCGUCUGUGCUAUUGUCUGAUGUUUCUGUGCAGCUGGUUCCUGCAUGUACUGCAGGUUAAAAGAAUCCUCAACCUUCUAUUUAAUACAACAAACUUUGUCAGAUGUUGUUAUUAUUUUUGCUGGAUGUCAUAGCCGAGUGUAAUGUAUGCAUAAAAAACCUCCCUGACUCCUUGAGCAGCCUAAAUCAGGUGGAAACAGGCUGCAGGAGUGAGGAAAAUUGGAGCAUGGGGGCUUUUAUUUAAUCUGGUUCAAACAGGCCGUAAUUAGAGGCAUUAAAAUGCUGGUGAAUCCAGUAAAACAUUAUUCACCAUCACUAAGGAUUCUGGCUAGUUCCUCUACAGAGUGGGGAGCAGGAGCUGGAUGGCAGGAUGCUCUGGACAGAGCAGGGGCUUGGAAUGCUGCUCAUGGUCCAUGAAAUGAUAGAUACCAUUGCCAUGGUGUUAACAGCCUGAGCACCCCACAGAGAAUUCUAGAAUCUCGGGGACCUCAAAAAUCAUCUGGUUUAACCUUUCUAGGCACAGCACCACCUAAAAGAUGUCCAACACUGGGGAAUCCACCACUUCCCUGGAGGGAGAAGGAGAGGAGAUAGCACCCUAAGCUUUGCAAGGAAAGAGUUAAACUAGAGUUAAGGAGAGGUUCCCAGCUGCGUGUCCUUAGCAGUAAUGAGCCCAGCUGGAACGAAUCACCAGGUCCUUUACCAUUUGGAGAGGUCCAGCAGGUGCCCAGGAUUGGCAGUGGGCCUGGCUUUAAAGGCUUGUUGAUAGCUGCAGCUCUGGGCGGAGGGUUUUUCUGCUUUGGAGUUUCUUGCUGGGAUGAUGUUCUCGAAAGAAGAAAUGCAGAUUCACUUGAGGCUUAUUCAGGAGCAGCUUGUAGUAGUGUUUCUCCUUUGGGCAAGAAAGAACCAUGUGAGGGACAUUGCUGGGGCACAGGACACACGUAGGGAGCACAAAGUUUGCCUUUCCCAGGAUGGAUCAGAGGAAGAACUGGCCUCGGGUACUGGACUCUGAUGGCUGGUCGGUGGCUUUGUUCUGUCUCUUCCUGGCAUCUCUCUCCCGAAACGUGUCCAGCAAUGCCUUGUUCAGCACUUUCCACUCUGAGAACCGGGACUGGACGUUCAACCACCUAACAGUCCACCAGGGCACUGGAGCAGUCUACGUUGGAGCUAUCAACAGGGUUUACAAGCUUUCCGGUAACCUGACCAUUUUAGUAGCUCAUAAAACUGGUCCUGAGGAGGACAAUAAAUCCUGCUACCCCCCCCUCAUCGUCCAGCCAUGCAGCGAGAUCCUCACCCUCACCAACAACGUCAACAAGCUGCUCAUCAUUGACUACUCUGAGAACCGGCUGCUGGCUUGCGGCAGCCUCUACCAGGGGGUCUGCAAGCUGCUGCGCCUGGAUGACCUCUUCAUCUUGGUGGAGCCCUCCCACAAAAAGGAGCACUACCUCUCCAGCGUCAACAAGACGGGCACCAUGUAUGGUGUGAUUGUGCGCUCGGAGGGUGAAGAUGGGAAGCUCUUCAUCGGCACGGCGGUGGAUGGGAAGCAGGAUUAUUUCCCCACCCUCUCCAGCCGCAAACUUCCCCGGGACCCGGAGUCGUCGGCAAUGUUGGAUUAUGAGCUCCACAGUGACUUUGUCUCAUCCCUCAUCAAAAUCCCCUCAGAUACCUUGGCCCUUGUUUCGCACUUUGACAUCUUCUACAUCUAUGGUUUUGCCAGUGGCAACUUUGUCUAUUUUCUGACUGUCCAACCCGAGACCCCAGAGGGUGUCUCCAUCAACUCCGCCAGCGACCUCUUUUACACAUCUCGCAUUGUCCGUCUCUGCAAAGACGACCCCAAGUUCCACUCCUAUGUCUCUCUGCCCUUUGGCUGCACCAAGGGAGACAUGGAGUACCGCCUCCUGCAAGCAGCGUACCUCUCCAAGCCAGGGGAUGUGCUGGCCAGGUCCCUCAACAUCACAGCACAGGAGGAUGUCCUCUUUGCCAUUUUCUCCAAGGGCCAGAAGCAGUACCACCAGCCGCCCGACGACUCUGCGCUCUGCGUCUUCCCCAUCCGCACCAUCAACGCUCAGAUCAAGGACCGCCUCCAGUCCUGCUACCAAGGGGAAGGCAAUCUGGAGCUCAACUGGCUGCUGGGGAAGGAUGUCCAGUGCACUAAAGCGCCAGUCCCCAUCGAUGACAACUUCUGUGGGCUCGACAUCAACCAGCCCCUGGGAGGCUCCACGCCCGUGGAUGGAGUCACGCUCUUCACCUCCAGCCGGGACCGGAUGACUUCUGUUGCUUCCUAUGUCUACAAUGGGUACAGCGUGGUGUUCGUGGGGACUAAGACUGGCAAGCUGAAGAAGAUCCGAGCAGAUGGUCCUCCCCAUGGUGGGAUUCAGUAUGAGAUGGUGACAGUUUUCAAGGACGGGAGCCCGGUCCUUCGAGACAUGGCCUUCUCCAUCGAUCAGAAGUAUCUGUACAUCAUGUCAGAGCGACAGGUGUCCCGGGUGCCUGUGGAGUCCUGUGAGCAGUACACGACCUGUGGGGAAUGCCUGAGCUCCGGAGACCCACACUGCGGCUGGUGCACGCUCCACCACAUGUGCUCCCCGAGGGAUAGCUGCGAGCGAGCAGACGAGCCGUACCGAUUUGCAGGCAGCAUCAGCCAGUGCAUGACCGUCACCGUGCAGCCCAGCAGCAUCUCUGUCUCCGAGCACAGCCUGCCGCUCAGCCUGCUCGUGAGUGAUGCUCCGGACCUGUCAGCUGGGGUCACCUGCCUCUUUGGAAACCUGACAGAGGUGGAAGGGCAGGUUUCGGGCAGCCGAGUGGUGUGUGUUUCACCAGCAGCAAAAGAUGUUCCUGCCAUACCCGUGGAGCAAGACUGGUUCGGCGUGGUGCUGCAGCUGAAGUCGCGGGAGACCGGGAGGAUGUUUGUCAGCACGGAGUUCAAGUUCUACAACUGCAGUGCCCACCAGCUGUGCCUGUCUUGUGUGAACAGUGAUUUCCGCUGCCACUGGUGCAAAUACCGGAACCUCUGCACCCACGACCCCACCACGUGCUCCUUUCAGGAGGGUCGGAUCAAUGUCUCUGAGGACUGUCCCCAGCUCUUCCCCACAGAGGAGAUCCUGAUCCCAGUGGGAGAGGUGAAACCCAUCACGCUGAAGGCAAGAAACCUGCCCCAGCCCCAGUCUGGCCAGCGUGGGUACGAGUGUGUCCUCAGCAUCCAAGGUGUGAUCCACCGCGUGCCUGCCCUGCGCUUCAACAGCUCCAGUGUCCAGUGCCAGAACAGCUCGUAUCUCUAUGAUGGGAUGGACAUCAGCAACUUAGCAGUGGACUUUGCUGUGGUUUGGAAUGGGAACUUUGUUAUUGACAACCCGGAGAAUCUGAAAGUGCACCUCUACAAGUGCGCAGCCCAGCGCGAGAGCUGCGGGCUCUGCCUCAAAGCCGACCCCAAGUUCGAGUGCGGCUGGUGCAGCGGCGAGGCCAAGUGCACGCUGCGGCCGCACUGCAGCGCGCCCUCUGCACAGCCCUGGCUCGACUGGUCCAGCAGGAACGUCAAGUGCUCCAACCCUCGCAUCACCGAGAUCCUGACGGUCUCGGGCCCCCCAGAAGGAGGGACGAGGGUGACCAUCCGUGGUGUGAACCUGGGCCUGGACUUCUCAGAGAUCGCCCGUGGGGUGCAGGUGGCCGGGGUGCAGUGCACGCCGCUGCCCGAGCACUACAUCGUCGCCGAACAGAUCGUCUGUGAAAUGGGGCAGGCUCUUCCAGGGAUCAGCUCCGGCCCAGUGCUCCUGUGCAUCGGAGAGUGCAAACCAGAGUUCACAGCCAAGUCCACGCAGCAGUACAUGUUUGUGACUCCAGCAGUGAGUUUCCUGAAUCCAAGUCGUGGUCCAGAGUCGGGAGGGACAAUGGUGACCAUCUCCGGGCACUACCUGGGAGCCGGCAGCCGCGUGUCAGUGCUCCUGGGGAACCAGACCUGCGAAUUCUACGGGCGAUCCAUGAACGAGAUCGUCUGCGUGUCAGCUCCAUCAGCCCAUGGCCUGGGGGCUGUUCAUGUCUCUGUCAGCGUGGACCGGGCUCAGCUGGAGAGGACUUUGCUGUUUGAGUACAUUGACGAUCCAAAGGUGCAGCACAUUGAACCUGAGUGGAGCAUUGCCAGCGGACACACACCUCUGACUGUUACCGGCUCCAACCUGGAUGUGAUCCAAGAGCCAAGGAUCCGCGUCAAGUACAAUGGGAAGGAGUUUGUCAACGUCUGCAAGGUGGUGAACGCUACAGCGCUGUCCUGCCUGGCUCCCCCCCUCACCUCCGAGUAUCGGCCCGGCCUGGAUGCUGUGGAGCGGCCAGAUGAGUUUGGGUUUAUCUUUAACAAUGUGCAGUCCCUCCUGGUCUACAACGACACCAAGUUCAUCUACUACCCCAACCCAACGUUUGAACUGCUGAGCCCAACCGGGGUGCUGGAGCAGAAGCCAGGGUCACCCAUCAUCAUGAAGGGCAGAAACCUGUGCCCACCCGCUCCUGGAGGAGCAAAGCUCAACUACACCGUGCUCAUCGGAGAGACACCCUGUGCUGUCACUGUCUCUGAGACCCAGCUGCUGUGUGAGCCACCCAAUCUCACCGGACAGCACAAAGUGAUGGUGCGUGUUGGUGGUAUCAUCUUCUCCCCUGGCUCGGUGAGCAUCAUCUCAGACAGCCUCCUGACCCUGCCAGCCAUCGUCAGCAUCGCAGCUGGAGGCAGCCUGCUCCUCAUCAUCGUCAUCAUCGUCCUCAUUGCCUACAAGCGCAAGUCCCGAGAGAACGACCUGACACUGAAGAGGCUGCAGAUGCAGAUGGACAACCUGGAGUCCCGAGUGGCCCUGGAGUGCAAGGAAGCUUUUGCAGAGCUGCAGACGGAUAUCAAUGAAUUGACCAGUGACCUGGAUCGCUCUGGGAUCCCAUACCUUGACUACCGGACCUAUGCCAUGAGGGUCCUUUUCCCUGGCAUUGAGGACCAUCCUGUCCUGCGGGAGCUGGAGGUCCAAGGGAACGGGCAGCAGAGCGUGGAGAAGGCCUUGAAGCUAUUUGCGCAGCUGAUUAACAACAAAGUCUUCCUGCUGACCUUCAUCCGAACGCUGGAGCUGCAGCGCAGCUUCUCCAUGCGUGAUCGUGGCAACGUGGCCUCACUCAUCAUGACAGGGCUGCAGGGCAAGCUGGAGUAUGCCACUGAUGUGCUGAAGCAGCUGCUCUCCGAUCUCAUUGAGAAGAACCUGGAGAACAAGAACCAUCCCAAACUGCUCCUGCGCAGGUAGGGCAAGUGACGGGUCUUAGGGCAGUCACUGUGCUUUCCAUAAGGUUGCAUGGACACACUGCUGGUGGCAUCUGGGG